AUGGCCAGCAUACCCGCCAGCUUCCCGGCCGAAAACGGUCAACCCGCAUCACAAAACAAGAACCAGCAGCCUGCACAGCCUCCGGUCAAUCAACCAUCCAAUCAACCGAGCAAAACCAAGCGCAACAAGCACAAGAAGAACCACUCUCAAUCACUGCCGCAAAUCGAUGGAACAGUAUCCGACUCAGUGACCAACCCGAUGGCGAGUCCGCAGCCCAAGAAGAACAACAACAACAACAAACAAAGACACCAGAGUGUCGCAACUGGAGCACCGCCCAUAGAGAACGGCAACGUCGGCAAAGGCAAUGGAGCAAAGGCGAGACCUGUGUCAAUGGGCAGCGGCAUACUCCCAGCAACACCAGCGAAAGAGCAGGCGUAUGCGGGACCAACGUUCCAAGCAUCACCCGCACCGUCCUCGCUACCAGUACCGAAGUUCUUCUCCAGAUCCGUGCCCAACGUAGCCGCGCAGCAACAAUCUUUAGGAGCACGCAUGGCUGGCGAAAAGACACCGGAGGCCGAAAGAUCGUCGCCAGAAGCUGAGGUUGUUGCACCAGCUCCACCACGGGAUGCACAGCUGUCGCCAUUGGACCUGUUCUUCAAAGCGGACAAAGCGGAGCGAGAGCAGAGCCGCAGUGCGAGCCUGCGGUCUCCCGAGAUGGCCGCGAGACGAGCUCCGCCAGCUACGGAGCCGAGGAAUGCGUUCCAGCAGUCCGGCAAGAGCGUCUUCUUGCGGGAGAUGGAUGGCGAUCUCGACAUGCCCAGUCCAAAGACUGUGCCACGCAACGACCGUCCAGUCCCGCCACAACGCAGCUCUUCGUCCGGCAAUGCUUCGCCUUCUCAGAACGACGGCGAUCGAGACGCAUACACCAAGUCGCUGAAGGAUUUAUUGUUUAACGUGAAUGCUACUCCACCCCCUCCAUCGCCGAGUAACGGCGCACCACGCGGCAACUCGAAUCCACGAAAUGCAGAGAGCCCCUACCAGACCCCGUCUCCCUUCCAGCGGCCGACUUCUGGUCCAUCCACACCUGUUCCUUUAGCAGAGCAGCAGAACCACUACUCCCUGCAUUACGGCAACCGCAACCUUUCCCCAAUGUUCAAAGCGGCGCAGCACGACACCCCACCCCGCCCGUCGAGUCUUCGCCAGCAACAGCUCUCAGGCGAGCUCUCUCCUACAAGCCCCACCCACUCCCGCCAGCCACCACCUCAACUCGAUCCGGAUAGUUUCUCUCGCAACUAUCUCGACCAGCACAUCCGUGCUUCACAGCCCGCGACCAUGCCGCCUUUACCACUACCUAAUGGUACUAGUUCUUCGGUUCCUUCUGCGGGGCAUGGCGUUCCAGCGACGGGCGCUUCUCCGCGUACUGGAAGUGGCUCUGGGGGCCAACAGGACAUCAGGACGAUGGAGGACGAUUUACGCCCGAAGGCGCUUGUGGAGUUUUUGACGGGUUGGGACGGAUGUCUACGGCGAUGGGCAUCUGCUGUCUGGGUUUGA